GUGCAUCAGUGUUCAUUAGAUUAGGAUGAGUCAAAAGGAGCUGACUCUUAUAGUCUGCGGCUUCUAGCAAGCACAUCAACGACAAGAUGAGCAGUUCCUGAUGUGAAGGAGAAUAUUGGCCUACUGGCUACUGCCUUUGCUUUCCUCUUUAUUGCAUUGUUGCUUGCACCCACAUGAGGAGGGGCACAUUCCCGGCCAGGUACAUGGCCGCUCGGAAGCGCUACCAGGAACUUCUGGACGUUGACUGGGAGCCUCCACUGGUGCCAUGCAGCACCCCAGUGACAUCAGCCUUUAUUUCAAAGAGGCUUCCAUCACCAGAGGUGGACGGUCCUGCUGAGCAAUCUGAGGCUGCUGAGAUCCUGAGUUUCAGAAGGUCUGAGAGCCCUCCCAGGAAGCCUGUUGCUUUGAAACUACCUGAGGUUGACCUUUUGGUGGAGUUUCCUUCAGUUCUGAGUCCUAAACUCUCUCAGGCCUUUGUUGGCAGUAGCCACCCUUUGAAAAGAAAGGUGGAAAAAAGAAGGAAAGAAAGCAAUAGUUCAGUGACCGUGGUGACUGAACCAUUUCCCCUUCAGAGACUGUUGACACUACAUAAGAGCAAGCGGAGACAGCAGGAAUCAGAUCAACAGACAAAGAAUUUCCCAGAAGUCAGUCAGCCCAAUGUUUCGCUCAGUAGGUGUGUAGUGCUGAAGCUUCCUCAGAUUUGCUUGUCUGAGGACUUUCCUGUGAAACACGGCAGCUACACUCCUUCCAUUCAGUGGGUCAGUGGACCAUCGCUUCAGACUCUCCCUCUCAGUCCCCAAGUCCUGGAAAGCAGCAGCUUCCACACCAUUCUGCUUCAUUUUGAAGGGGAAGAGGUUCAGCAGUAUAGGAAGAGGACACGAGAGGCAGAUGUGGCAGUGCCAGUGAAAACAGACUCUAGUGCCAAAGACAGUAAGAAGUCAGCAGCCCAGUUUUAUGUGAAGCUGCCGGAACUGAAUCUCCGAGUCGGCCUGCUUAAUCCCAGAGUGACAAAGCAUCCAAGACAAGAAUGGCCACAAAAGGCAAUAGACGAGAUCAACAAAAAGUAGAUGCUUUGUGGACUUAUCAACAACCUUCAAUGCUCAAGGAAAAAGACAGGUGCACCUGUAAGCCAUUGGAAACUUCCACCCUUUGUGCUGAAAACCUCACAUACCACAUAACAAUGGACACUUCACACUCUAGGGCUUUGGGUACUGCAUUGCUUGGGCAAUGGAUGCUUCUGUGCUUGUGGAGUGGACAUCGCCUUUUCUAAAAUACUGGAAUAAUAAUAUACUUAUGCAUAGACACAUGAUACUGUGGAGCAUUUUACACUUGUACCUGUACUUUGGACACUUCUACAUGGCAUUGAACAUUUGCAUCCUUGCUCACUAGGCACUUCACACCUUAAGGCUUUGGGCAAUGGACCCUUGUCAUUUUGUGAAGUAGAUAAAGUUUACCCUAAAGUACUUUGACAAUAGGACAUUGUAGACAUGAAUUCCUGUAUGCUUUUACAAUCUAGAAAAUUACAAUAAAUGUUUGAACCCUUGUGUAAAA